AACUCAACAUUAAUUUUCCAACCUAAUUAUUGAAGCCAUUUUGUCAAAAAAGACUUGAAUUAUUAUUUUACUUUUUUUUGUGCUGAUACAUUUGCAAAUUUAUCAAGAUGUCAUUGAUUCAGCUAAGAAUCACUCCAUGCCUGUGUUUGCCCAUAAAAGGAGGAACAAUUUUCUUUGCAAGCAUUGCAUUUUUCAUGUCGCUCAUCUUGGUGUUUAUAAAUUUAAUUUGGCUGGUAAACGAUUCUUCUCAUGAUGAUGAUAAUUUUGUGGCAUUUGAAAAAGUUGUUUCUCUGUUUGUUUCAACAUCAGCAGUCAUGUUUUCCAUCUGGUUAUUAAUUGGUGUCAUCAUGGAUAAAACAACAUACAUGCUACCAUGGUUAUCCAUGCAAUUUGGAAGUUUAAUUUUGUUUGGUGGAUGUAGUCUUGGCUGGUUACUGACUGGUCCCCUCUUUUUAUCACGAGCUGGAGCUUUGAUUAUAUUUACUUUUGGAAUGUCCAUUUUUGCUAUGUAUAUUUACAUGUUCUUGGUGUUGCUGAGUUAUUGGCAAUUCUUGACUGUUAAUAAAGCUAAGGCAAAAACAACAUCACCAGUUUAUAAUGCUGCAGCAUUAAGAAAUUAUGAAACAGUUGAUCUUUCCUAAUUUCAUUUAAA